UCUUGUCCUCGGAACACACUCUCUCUAUGAGAGCAAUUAGAUUCAGCAGCGCUCCCGUUGCCUCUGCAAUGACUCAUUGAAACAUCUUCUGCGCUGAUAAAGCCGCAUCUCUAUUCUCCCGCACCACACACACACACACACACGCACACACACACUCACGCACGCACACACACGCACACAGGACGUAUGGUUGGGCUGCCUUCAGUGCUUCGGGAGUGCUGCGCUUCUGACUUUGGAUUUGCGGAGCGGGAGGCUGGACGUGGACUUUAUUCUAUUUUUUUUUCGUGUGUCGGGUGUUUUGGGCGUCAAGUCGGGACUUACAGAGCGGAGUGAGGCGGUGCAGAUCCGGGUUGAGGAUAUUGGAUCAGGCUGGAGCUCAGGUAACCAAUCAGAGUCCUAGGCUUUCUCCUUCUCUGGACGGGGGGAGUCGUACAGCGGCUGCAGAUCUCCAAGCAGGCUCUCAUGAUGGGGAGCACUGAGAAAGCUGCUCUCAUUGGCUGGAGCUCUUUGGUUCAGCUCGCAGCCUGAGGAGGAACAGGAAGUAUCUUGGUGGAGGGGCGGGGGGCGCGCCAAAGGACGACCCGAGGGUGGACCGUAACCACGACCUGCCAGGCUCAGGCUCAGCACCGCGGGAGCAUGUCAGCGUCCGGAGUCUCUUCAUGGAUGUGUCGCUCCACGGCCGGGGUCAACCCUCUGCUGUUGGUGGGGCUAGCGUCCAUUUUUGCGGCCGCUGCUCAGACCCAGCAGCACCCCGUCGUCACCACUAAUUACGGGAAAUUGCGAGGAGUGAAGGUUACGUUACCCAACGAGAUCCUUGGACCGGUGGAGCAGUAUUUGGGGAUCCCGUACGCACUCGCCCCUAUAGGGGAGCGGAGAUUCCAGGCGCCGGAGCCGCCCAUGUCCUGGCCGGGAAUCAGGAAUGCUACUCAGUUUGCUCCGGUUUGUCCUCAGUUCUUAGAGGACCGCUUUUUACUCAACGAUAUGCUGCCGGUGUGGUUCACGGCUAACUUGGAUACAGUGGUUACCUACGUGCAGGAGCAGAGCGAGGACUGCCUUUACCUGAACAUCUACGUCCCCACAGAGGACGAUAUCCACGAUGAGAACGGGUUAAAGCCGGUCAUGGUUUACAUCCACGGCGGCUCCUACAUGGAAGGAACCGGCAACAUGAUUGACGGCAGCAUCCUGGCGAGCUACGGGAACGUCAUCGUCAUCACUAUCAACUACCGGCUCGGCGUUCUGGGGUUUCUAAGCACAGGAGACCAGGCAGCCAAAGGAAACUACGGCCUGCUGGAUCAGAUUCAGGCUCUCCGGUGGAUCAAAGAGAACAUCCAGGCCUUCAAAGGAGACCCGAAGAGAGUGACCAUCUUUGGAUCUGGAGCCGGAGCGUCGUGCGUCAGCCUGCUCACCCUCUCCCAUUACUCAGAGGAUCUGUUCCAGAAAGCCAUCAUCCAGAGUGGCACGGCGCUGUCCAGCUGGGCGGUGAACUACCAGCCCGCCAAGUACACGCGAGCGCUGGCUGAGAAGGUGGGCUGCAACAUGCUGGACACCAUCGACCUGGUGGAGUGUCUGCAGAACAAGAACUACAAGGAGCUGAUCGAGCAGUACAUCACGCCCGCUAAGUACCACAUCGCCUUCGGGCCUGUGAUCGACGGCGACGUCAUCCCGGACGACCCGCAGAUCCUCAUGGAGCAAGGGGAGUUCCUCAACUAUGACAUCAUGCUGGGGGUCAAUCAGGGGGAGGGGUUUAAGUUUGUGGACGGGAUCGUGGACAGCGAGGACGGAGUGUCCGCCAACGAUUUUGACUUUGCUGUGUCGGACUUUGUGGAUCACCUCUAUGGUUACCCCGAGGGGAAGGACACUCUGCGCGAGACCAUCAAGUUCAUGUACACGGACUGGGCCGACAAGGAGAACCCAGAGACCCGACGCAAGACCCUGGUGGCGCUCUUCACCGACCACCAGUGGGUGGCGCCAGCUGUCGCCACAGCAGACCUCCACGCCCAGUACGGAUCGCCCACCUACUUCUACGCUUUCUACCACCACUGUCAGAGCGACAUGAAGCCCAGCUGGGCCGACUCGGCACACGGCGAUGAAGUCCCGUACGUGUUUGGAAUCCCCAUGAUCGGGCCGACGGAUCUCUUCAACUGCAACUUCUCCAAGAACGAUGUGAUGCUGAGCGCCGUGGUCAUGACCUACUGGACCAACUUCGCUAAAACAGGGGAUCCAAACCAGCCGGUCCCACAGGACACAAAGUUCAUCCACACGAAGCCAAACCGGUUCGAGGAGGUGGCGUGGACCAAGUACAACCCUAAAGACCAGCUCUACCUUCACAUCGGCCUCAAACCUCGAGUUCGAGACCAUUACCGCGCCACCAAGGUCGCUUUCUGGUUGGAACUCGUCCCCCAUCUGCACAACAUCAAUGAAUUCUUUCAAUACGUGUCAACCACCACAAAGAUACCUCCACAGGACACCACGCCCUACCCUUACACAAAACGCUUUCCUGGUAAGAACAACUGGCCCUCCACCACCCGCCACCCGGGUGUCCCGCCCGCCAACACCAAACAGACCACUGACCAGCGCAAGAGCGGCGACCUGACCGACGAGUCGACGGUGGUGAUCGAGACGAAGAGGGACUACUCCACGGAGCUGAGCGUGACCAUCGCGGUCGGAGCGUCGCUGCUCUUUCUGAACAUCCUCGCCUUCGCCGCACUCUACUACAAGAAGGACAAGCGGCGGCACGAGUCCAACCGCCGCGUCCCCACCCCUCAGCGCAACUCCAAUCCGUCCAACACGCCGUCCACCGCCAACGACGUGGCCCACCUGCAGAGCGAGGAGCUGAUGUCCCUGCAGAUGAAGCAGCAGCAGCUGGAGCUCGAGCACCACCACGAGUGCGAGACGAUGCAGACCCACGACACACUGCGCCUCACCUGCCCGCCCGACUACACCCUCACCCUGCGGCGGUCGCCUGACGACAUACCCCUCAUGACCCCCAGCACCAUCACCAUGAUCCCCAACUCUCUGGCUGGCAUGCAGCCUCUGCACAACUUCAACACGUUUGGUGGCAGCCAGAACAGUACCAACUUACCCCACGGCCACUCCACCACGCGGGUAUAGCUCCAGCGGGACGGGACGCCGCCGGAUUCCCUCUGGACCGGCCAGCAACCUCGCAAGGCAAGACGAGAUCAAACUGUGUGAAGCACAGGCUCAGCAGAUGUUAUUUUGCUACCACGCCUUCUUGAGAAGUAUUUACAACAUGAAUGGAAAGUGAACUUCAAAGUGAAUGUUCUUAUAGUAAUAACUCUAUUUGAAGGUUUCAGAGUUUGACCAAAAGACGAGGCGAGCAGGGGGGGGCGACUGUGAGCGUUCUUACAACACGACGUGAACAGUUUGAGUGCGAAGCUUCCGCUGAGGCUUUUGUGCCAUAAAUACUCAACAGUUAGAUGACGGCAGCAGCUGUUGAAAAGCAACAAUUGAGCGUCUGGGACUGCGUCAGACACUUGGGCACACAAUUCUACACCCCAGCCUGAAAUGUAUUUAUGAAACUUUGUAUAAAAGAGAAAACAAGAAAAAAGCUAUAUCGAUGUGUGUGGAAUUUUAAAAA